CCGCUCGUCGCCCGUGAUGUAGUAACUCCCUCUACAAAAUGGCGAGUGAUAUGAAGGCAAGAAGAGCUAAAUUGACUAUCGCGGUUUUGAGUAAUGGAACUUGCUCAAGUAUGACAAAUAGGCGAAUUAGAUGAAAAGUAGAAACGCUGUUUGGGUAGCGGCUCAUUCUGGAAUGGAAAUAGUCCUUUGAAGCAAGCCUUGAACAUACAAAAUGGUUUGCCAUGUUCAUGUGACUUGGGUUACUUUGUAGUUUUGGUGUGAGGACAGGAUUUCGUUAUGCGUCUAAACUUGAACUUUUCGUUUUGAUUCUUUCUGUGUCACGGCCACUGUAAGUUAUUUCCCAUCGCAGUGUUGUUUUCACUGUCAAAUUGUGGAAGAUGUCAAAGAGGAGCACUAAGUUCAGAUGGAUAAAGGGGGUAAGUUUCUAAAGAAGUUGUGGUGCUGCGUCGGUGGGAGGGUAUAACAGGUAAUUUAGUGAUAAAAACUGAGUUGAAAUUGUAAAUUGGCCACCGUAAAGGGUAAAAAGCUGAAGUUUCGAGCGUUAGCCCUUCGUCAGAUGUAGCUUAUCAUGGUGAGUCAUGAUGAUUAUAUCUCUUCACAAAUAUCUUUAUUUCUCAACAGAAAUACAUCCUCGCCUUCUUUUGGUCGCCAUUUUUAAAUAUUCUGACAAUACACAGGAAAGGGGUAUCAAGCCGAAGAAAGUAACUCUUUCGUUGAAAAAUGUUAUUUUUGGUUUGGUUUGUCGCGACUAUGUCAGUGAGAUUUCACAAUAUAUCCGCAUAUUUCAUAUUGUUGAGUUUAGUAACCACUCACCUACGGUCGCAUGGCAUUGUGGUAGUAUAUCCUGUCGCAUUAACGUGCGCAAAAGUAUCACAGAAGUACAAGGGAGGAUGCAAAAUUUUGUACAAGCCAAGCGGGAGUUAAACGCCAUAUUCGGAGACCUUACAAAGUAUCUUGAAGUCCGUAGUGAAUUCUCAGCGGACUACAGAAUAGCUGAUGAAGAUGAGCGAGACAUCGAUAAAUUUUCAAGCGAGGUAAGAGUUUUGAAUAUCGCGCAAAGGGACACGACAAUCAAGAAUUGGUAUUAAAUUAAAUAUUGUGAAACCGGUGUAUAUCACACAACCUUUUGAUUGUUUGUAAUUUUUUUUUUUAUAUUUAUUUUAUUACUUCAAAGCUACCUUGAUUGAUACUUUGAUAAAUUUAUUUAUUUAUUUGUUCGCACAAGCAUCAUAAUUAUAGCAACACUGGGUGAAGCGUUUAACUUGGGCUUAUUUCGGAGACCCCCUUUACUACCUGAUAAGACAAGUCUGGCAGUCAAUGAUUACAGAUCUUAUACAUUGAUUUACAGAUUCGUGAGUAAGUUACAUUGGUAUUGAAUAUAUUACUAUAAACUAUUCAUUAGAAUAUAAUUUUUAAAUUUUCGCUUAAAAGUCGAUUUAUACUGGAUAUUUUUUAGAUCACUUGGUAAGCUGUUGUAUACAUCAACUCCUUUAAAACUAAUGCUUAAUUUCCUGAGGUUUGUUUUGACACAAGGCCUGCGUAAUUUUUUGUUUGAACGAGUGUUGUGGUUGUGAACUUCUUCAUUAGUCCUAAAAAUAUUUUUUGAUGAGAUAGGUAAUUGAUUAUUUGAAAAUUUUUUCAUUAAGAUAGCAAUAGUGUAAUAAUUAACUUGAUAAACAUUCAGUAUCUUCAGAUUAUCAAAUAAUGGUUUUGAGCUGUGAUUGUAUUCUUUGAAGGUUAUUAUUCGUACAAGUUUCUUUUGCAGUUUGUAUAUUUUCUCGAGAUGAGUCUGAUAUGCAUUAGCCCAUACAACAUUGCCAUAAAAAAUAUUGGGGUAGAUCAGGGCAUAGUAAAUUGAUUUCAGUGACAAUCUAGUUACAAAAUGCCGUGCUUUACAUAAUAUACCUGUUAGCCUUGAUAUUUUGUUUGCAAAGAAAUUAAUGUGUUCUUUCCACUUCAGUUGGUUGUUAACUAUUGUUCCAAGAAAUUUUGUGCUUUUUACUUGAGUAAUAUAAUGAUCUUUGAUUUUUAUAUUUAGUUGUUUAGUUAUUUUUUUGCUUGAUGAUUUAAACAGCAUGAAAUUUGUUUUUGUAAUAUUAAGUGAUAAUUUGUUUAGUUGUAGCCACGUAUUGAUUUUAAUGCAAUGUUGUUAUAUUUACAAUAUUGUUUAAAAUUUGUACAUACACCAUUCAGGAUUUUCAUGGAUUAAGCUUUUAGAUAGAUUGCACAAUAAUUGGUUAAUGCAAAAUACAGACUGCAGACUGCAGACCAGGGGUAAAGUGUAGACUUGGUUCUAUGAGAACCAACCGUUUAUGACUAUGGUUGUUAAGACUUUGUUGAGAGGUUUUUAAUUGGACCCCUAUCUCGCACCCACAAAUUUGCAUUAAAUUUAAGGGACUUGUCCACCUAGCUUCACAGCACAAAACAAAGGUACAAGAAAUAGGUUUUAACCCAACAACAUCAGUUAAAAAAACGCAAAAAUUUGUCCACAUUCAGUUUUUAAUUCAUAUCUCAACAAAUAUUUACAGGAAUAACACCUACAAUAUGUCAUUUUAAAGUGUAUAAAGUGAGCUUCUCAGGAAAAAAAAAUUCAUCAUUGAAACCCAGGACUUUCCUAAAAAGAAAAUUUAAAACACAAAAUAAGUAAGACAUAGUAUAAAACUUGAGGUCAAAGUCACUUUUCCUCAUAGGUAUAGGUUAAUUAAGAUUAAUUGAUAGCAGAAGUUAAUUAUUAACAUGUCAGCUACAUUUCCUGAAAAUCUGAAAGAAAAAGAAUAAAUAAUGAAUUUUUUAUGAAUUUUUAUGUGCACCCAUGUCAUUCCAAAAAAAUUAGCAAAAAUUUGUCCACAUUCAGUUUUUAAUUCAUAUCUCAACAAACAUUUACAGGAAUAACACCUACAAUAUGUCAUUUUAAAGUGUAUAAAAUGGGCUUCUCAGGAAAAAAAAAUUCAUCAUUGAAACCCAGGACUUUCCUAAAAAGUAAAAUUUAAAACACAAAAUAAGUAAGACAUAGUGUAAAACUUGAGGUCAAAGUCACUUUUCCUCUCAGGUAUAGGUUACUUAAGAUUAAUUGAUAGCAGAAGUUAAUUAUUGUCCAGUAAUUGAAAUUGCUGAUGUGUAAUGAAAGUCUAUCACUACUACUUUCAAGGGAAAACAAAGUAUAUAUGAGCUACAUGUAUGCUAAAGCUACCUAAUGUUGCUCAACAGAACUGUUUGUUCCUUAACAAGGGAAAUGUAUUUAGCUUGCUGUGAACUGCCUAUUCAAACACUAAUGUUUCUAAUUGUUCUUACCUUAAAACAAUAUGUCAAUGCCAAAACCAUUUGAGGAAGUGAAGUUCAAGAAAUCAAUCGCCAUGACAAUUAUUGCUAGCCUCUAAGACAACAAUUUCACAAUCUCAUUUAUGGACACUGUGACUUAAGUUCUUUGUAGAACUUAUUUGUGGUGCAUCUCACUCUAUGCACACUCUAGGUACCUGCACUGUCACUGCAAUUUUUUAAUGUAAUUAAUUCUUAUUAAGUCAGUACUGAUUAUUGCAUUUCUCUCCCACAGGUGUUAGGCUUUCUGGCUCAGGUUUCAAGCAUCUCAGAGAUAAUAUCAAGGGAUCAGAUGAAGGUGGCAUUCUUUGGACGAACCAGCAAUGGAAAGAGCACUACAAUAAACGCCAUGCUACAAGAUAAGAUCUUACCAACAGGAAUGGGCCAUACUACAAAUUGUUUUCUCAGUGUACAUGGUUCAGAUUUAACAGAUCCAUAUAUCUUGGUUCCUGGUAGUAAUGAAAAAAAGAAUGUGAAGGUAUAUCUUCUUAAAAAUUAUUGUAAGUUUCUCCUUUGUAAUAAUUAUUUGUACCACAUUUUCUUGAAUAUGCAACAAGUGCAUUUAUUUCAAACUUUGCCUGGUGUAUCUGGUGUUUAUAAACAUCAGGAUGGUGUUUCAAUCUGGGUUUGGUGAGUCAACUUUUCAUAAUAUCCAUAUUUCAAGACUGACAGGUAGUUGGUUAGGAAAACAUGAUUUUUCUCUGUCAAACUGUCACUUAGUCUUGUAACCAUAAAUAUGAUUUAAGGUUAAUAACCUGUAUUUGAUUUUUAUAGCCUGACAGCAAAUAAAGGCCUAAACCUUGAUCAAUUACUCAUACCGUUUAAUUCUAAACUAGCAGUAUUUCUUUGGUGUUUAAAUAGUUUUAACAAUUAAUUUUGGUUUGACAUUCAGUUUAGACAACAUUAAUGGUACUUAAACUAUCUUAAAGCGUAAAAAUACUUAUGAAAUAGAUUAAAUAAUACUCCAAUUGAUAUCUGCCCUGCAUAAGUUAAUGAAUAGUUAAUAAUCAUGAUACUUACAUACUUUUCUUUUUGGUAUCGAAACAGUCAUUAGGUCAACUUGCCCAUGCCUUGUGCAAAGAAAAGCUUGAUCCUAGCAGUCUUGUUCAAGUGUUCUGGCCAAAGUCCAGGUUUGAUUUUGUUUUGUAAUUUUUAUAUCAUUCACAUGUACUCACAGGUAACUGUUGUCCCUGUCAAUCAAAGUGCAUUUACAGUUCAACCUUGCAAACUUUAUUCAUUAGUUGUAAAAGUAGAAUCAUUAUGUUGUUUCCUAUGUUGUACAUGAAUUGUUCUUGUCCAGGUUUUUUCCAAAGAGGUUAAGUUUGUCAACAUUUUUUGGCUUCAAAUUGAUUCUGUGAUUAUGUAUUAGACUUAUCAUAAAAUAUCUGAUUGGUCAAGAGCAUUCAAUCAAUAUACAAAAGCAGAGGAAGUUGACAAGAUAACCCAACAUUGUAUUUAUCAUUUGGAGUUUAUAGUCUGCCUUAAGUGUCCAAGCCCUUACCGUGUUUCUUCACCUAUAAGUCAGGACCCUAAAAGUUAGAGACCUUCCAACGGACUUGUGUUGUCCAAAAGGAACAGAAAGACCACCGGCUAUAAGCUAUAAUUCAUGAUUGUAAUGGGCCAUUUGAGGGAGUGAGCCUCGCGCAAACAAUUGGGAAAUGGCUCAGUGAACACAAAAGCUAAUGGAUGAGAAUAAACCCAAAAGAAAAAAAAGCAAAUCAGUGAAGAUGUUAAUACUACUACAGUAUGUGUACAUGACUGCAGAAACACAACAAUACUCUCAGUUACUGUAACCUGACAAACAUUUCAAUCGAGAAUCUCUUUCAUCUCUGUUAUUUUUCUCAUCAUGCCAAAAGCACACUGCUCUUUGUAUACUAUAGCUUUCAAGAUAAAAUUUAUCACAGAGGCUGAAGCUGUAGAAAACAGCUCAGAAAUCACUCAAGAUCAUGGACAUAGUGAGUCCGUGGUGCAACGCUGGAGAAGAGACUAGGUGGCUACUCUUUCUGGCAAGCUUAAGAUGUCUGCAAAACAUGCAAAAAUGGGCCAUUUCACUCCCAAGUGUCCUGAACUAGACAAGCAAGCAAUGGAGGGGUUUUCACAGUAGAGAGACCAAAUAUUUCGUUUGUAAUGUGAAAUGAGAAGAAUUUUUGCCGAGUUGAGUGAGAUCGUCCUUCAAUGCGUGGGAAGCAGAGAAUCUGAUUUGUGGUCAGAAAUAUGUUGUUGUCAUGACAAUUUUAAAGCAUGUCAUGAAAAGAGCACUGCAGUCAUGGAAUUUGCAUUCCUUUCACAUCAUCAUUAAAUUUGUACUUGUUUUUGAAUCCCAAAUCCUUGGCGAUAAGCUGAACCCCAUUUCUUGCGAAAAAAUCUCCCAAACUUUUGUGUCAAAUACUGAAAAAAUCACUUGGCUUAUAGGUGAAGAAAUGCGGUACUCCAUGAAGUGUUCUUAAACUUUUGCAAACCAAAAGAAAUGUGUCUUCUUUUGCUGAUUGUUUUUAAAAAAAUGUGUAAUCAAAACAAUUACCAAAUUCAGUUUUUUACAUGAUUUCAUAAAUUAUUAGGCAUUGCGUCUUUGUAAUCUGCCUCAGCCUUCGGUUUUGGCAGAUAACUUAGAACUCAGCUUUGUUAAUUCAAGUUAUCACGCUCAACUUCCUUGUUUAAUACACAUACAAGUAUAAAGCUACGUCAUUGGUUUUUCAAUGAGUGUCCAGUGAAAUUAAUUUUUUUCUUCUAAUAACCACUUGGCUCCUAAAUUUUUCAAAGUGGUAGCCAAUUCCAAAAAAGUUGAAAUGCACUUCUAGUAUUGAAAAGCUCUUAGAAAGACUGCCUCUUGUGUCUUAAGAAGAUGUAAAAAACGUUCCACACACAAUACACAUGUUCUAGAUUAUGCAUUUCACAUUACAUCAGAGGGUUUGUAUCAUUACAAUAAAGUGUUACCUGUACAUCGUCAUCACUUGUGAUGGUUUCAAAUUUUUUCAACUUCAGAUGUAAAAUGUUGUCAAAGGAUGUUGUUUUGGUGGAUAGGUAAGCAAAAUACAAGUGAUUAAAUGUACUGUAUAAUUAACCUUGUGAGCCCUAAGAAUUAAACUUCUCCUUACAGUUUCACUCCUGAUUUACACAUUAAGAUCACAAGAAUUAAAAGAAAUGAUCACCAACUAAAGAAGCUCUGGACUGUUCGGCAAAUUGUAUUUGUCUACACCUUAGGGAAUGUAUAGAGGACAGCUAGGAGAAUAUGCAUACCUAUGUUAGAGUGUGAAGGUUUAAGAAGAACAAAAAGACAAAAGAACAAGAAAACAUUGAAGACAAUAGGUUAAUGAGGCAUUGCUCUAUUGUGACAUGUUCUGUGUAUUCUACACCAAGAGGAAGCCUGAAAUUGCAAUGUAAAUAUUCACAGACAACUGUUAUUUUAGUCCUGGUAUAGAUGUGAACCAUAAUCUUGAUCUGUGGAUAGAUAAGCACUGUUUGGAUGCUGAUGUGUUUGUCCUGGUUGUUAACGCGGAGUCAACGCUUACAGAUGCGGUAUUUUCAUGACCAUUCAUGUGCUAUGUGUUAAUUUAAGAUACAUCACAUACAAACUUAUAAUUUGAUUGAAUUUUUUUUAACUUUCAGUUGCUUUAAAAUGUGACUUGUUACAGGACAAAUUUAUCUAAUGUGGUAGCAUUCAUAGAGGUAACCUUCCCAUGCUUGUGUAGUUUCUCAUUUGACCCUUGUCAUUUGCAGGAGAAAAAAUUUUUUCGGAAAGUGAAUCAGCGUCUUUCAAGACCAAACAUCUUCAUUCUAAAUAACAGAUGGGAUGCGACUGCAUUGGAACCUGAUAUGAUGGAGCUGGUUAGUAAGCACUUAUUUGUUCUUGAUAGCCAUUCAAAUUUGAAAUCAAAAGAUGUCAAAAAUGGAAUCAAAACACAACACUGGAGUUGCCUUUCAUUUCAAACACUCUUUCCAUAAGAAAUUGCUGCUGGAAAAAAGUAAUGAUAGAUUCAUAGUGGGAGCAGGGGGGGAGAUUCAUAGUGGGGGGGGGGGCUUAGAUAGAUGGGAAGGAUUAAGGUAUGAUGAUGGAUGGGAUAACAAACCACUCAUCCCACCUUCUCCCAUCCACCUGGACAACAACUCCUUUCCCCUUCCCUCCCCCCUCCCUCCCCUCCCUCCCCUCCCCUCCCCCCACUUUCAGAUGAUAGUGAUAAAGUGUGAGUUUUAAAUUUUUUUUACCUGGUUUCUUAAGGUGAAACAUCAACAUCUCACUGGAAGCAUCAGUUUUCUUGUUGAUGAGCUUCAGUGUGUAGACAAAGGACAGGCAGAAGACAGAGUGUUUUUUGUCUCAGCUAAAGAGGUAAACUGCUGGAUAUUAUAUAUCAGGGUUUACAAGGACCAAUUGCAAAUAACUUUGAACAAGUCUUCAAGUUUUGCUACUGCUAAGUAAAGAGGCAUUUGAUACAGGACACACCUCUUCAUUGAUUUAUUUUCCCACUUUCUUUUCCUGUUUCUGUUUUACCCAGACCUUAAUGACUAGAAUGCAGAAUCACCAAGGAAUGCCUCAAGGAGGUAUGUGGCUGAUCAAAAUGUGCAUUCUCUUGAGACAGCAUGGACAAACUGUUAAAAAGUAAGAUUUUAUAUUAAAUCAAGUAACUAGCAUUGCCAUGUUGUUUUUCAGGUGGUGCCAUUCAUGUUGAAGGAUUUCCUGCUCGACAGUUGGAGUUUGAGAACUUUGAACACAAAUUUGAGGUAUUGUAGCUGCUGUUCAGGCUUACAAUCCAGCAUAGUUUUUAGGUAACCACAAGUCUGUCAGCAGAUCACUUACAAACCAAAAGAUGAUCAGCAAAAACAUUUGAUGAUUGCAAUGUUGAAAUUAAUGGCAUUGUUAUUCAAGGAGUACAAACUUGCUAAUGGUAAUCUCGCCCAUUCAAGCUAAUUACAGGUGGUUUACCAUCGCCUGAAAGACCCCUAACUGUUAUAUGUUUAGCAUUGAAAGGGGCCUCCUGGCCCCUUUACCUGGGAACUACCACCUUCAACACCAUAGGCAGCUGCUCAUGGAAAAGGUUAUUGAAACCCCUGGGUCUAUUGUGUGUUAAAUUAUUGGUCAGAGCCAGGCAAAGGUUGCUACCACAGAGUCGUGAUGUAUAUGUUAGUUAAUGUACUUUUUCCAUUUAAAGUUAAACACAUGUGCCUGUCAAGAGUUUGUGUCAAUUAAUUACUCUCACUUCACAAUAGAAAUUUUACAUUCUUGAUUUUAUAGGAGUGCAUUACAAAGUCAGCCAUUCAAACCAAGUUUGAAUCUCAUGCAGUCAGUGGACUGAAAAUUGUAAACACAUUAGAGGUUCUUAUGGAACAAAGAGUGGAUUCUGCAUCUCAGCAAAGGUGAGAAAGAGACAGAUAAUUUUUUCAUUUUGCUUAAUGAUUGUGAUUUUAGUUAAUUGUCAGGUUUGCUGAAUUCAUAAUUAUGUUCUAUUUUGCUCAGAUCUAAACUAGAGGAAAUCAAGAAGAAGCAAGAGAAUAGACUGGAGUAUGUGAAGGAACAGCUUAGAAUUUAUACAAGUGACACUGAACGCCAGAUCAAGGAAAUCACCUCUAAAGUUCAGAGUCAGGUAAUAAAAUAACUACUUAAAUGUUCUUUAGGAGGCACAAGUUUAAAACUUGUGGUUUAUUCAGUCUUGAAUCACAGUAAUUUCAAGUUUUUCACAAUGUAAGGUUUCAGAACAGGAAGAUCAAAAAGUAUGUUAUCAAAUGGAUGACUUUUUUUGACAUGCUUCUCAGAUGCUUGUCAGGUGCCUUUGAUAUGCAUAUCAAAUUUACUUUGAAGUGUGUGGUAAAAUCUUAUCAAGAGUUUACCUUAAUUUUACUGCUGUAGUGCCUGAGUACACACAGAUAUGCACCUAAUUUGUAAUAAGUAUGAUGACCUAUAGUAAUGUUACGAUAUAAUCUAACCUACAGAAAAACACUACAAUCUCACAAACUCUACUAAUUUAUUAAACAGCGAGUGAUGUUCUUAACAAGGAGCUAAUCCUAAAAGCAGUACAAUACUUAUCGUUAAUAAACUUUAUUAAGCCCACCACAGUCUAUAUCCUAGCUCAUCACCGAUACAAUCUCACUGCUGUCUCCAAAGGUCCUUGAAAUGAGGUAUGUUCCACAGUAACACUCUCUCUCUCGGUAUAGUUUUCAAAACAGUUGUCGCUCCAACAACAACAACUACCCCUACUACUACAUGAGUCUUUUUAUAUCUUAACAAAGUGUUCUGGAACAUUCCAGAAGCUUACAGAAGAACUAUUUUAGUAGUAUUACGUAAUAAGUGCGUGACUUGAUGAAAUGUUGUGGAAGUUCUAUGGUAUGCAAGUCAGCAUGACUAAGCAGUCUGGAGAUCUUUAGAAGCUUAUAUUUUUAAAAGUUACACAUAAUAGUAGUGAGGAUAAACACAAAUCAGAACACAACCUUACAGAACUAAACUGUCGGAGCUUUUCGCAAUUUCCACACCCAGAGUAUUGCUACUCCCCCCUGAAAUGGAAAGCCAGUCCAUCCCAUGCUACCCGUCCCCCACCCUGACAACAGUUCUUCAUGUUUUCCCAAUCCCUUGUUUGUAUCCAUUUUUACUCUUAGGCCUUUCCGCACCAGCGGACAAAACUAGAAUUGUCCCAAAAAAAACCAAAGGACAACUUUUGUCAAAUUUCAAAGCCGUCAGACUCCGUCAGCGCCUGAUCAGUUCAUAAGACCGGCCGGCAAAGGAUUCCACCUUCCAUUUCCAAGAUUUAUUCUAAGUCGUUUUAAAAUUUUAAGAAACCCUGAGUGUUGCAACAAAAGACAUUUUGUGCCUUUCUAGUUAACUGAUUUCAGUUCAAUAACACGCUGGUCGUAGCUUUUACGACAGAUGAAUCACAAGUUUAUCACGGUUUUGUUUAUUUGGUCGGUUUUGUCCAGUUUUUACCUAGGACAAAUUCUUUUGGCGUUGGGUUUGAAGAUUUGUCCCCUUCGGCCAAUGAGAAAGUCUGAUGUUGCUUACUCGACAAAAUUUUUCCUUUCUUUAGGUGACUGAGGCUAUGACAGAAGAGAUUGGUCGACUGGACGAGCUGGUGAAUGAGUUCGAUCAUCCAUUCCAUCCUCAUCCUAAGUUCCUCGAAACAUACAAAAAGGUGAAAAUUACAUGUGUAAACAGUUUUGUUGCCGAGCAACAGCUGCAAUGGAAGAAUAAUCUGAAAUUGAACACUUUAUCACUCAUUAUGUCAAUAGGAGCUGUGCAAUCACAUAAAGAGUGGCUUGGGAAGGAAUAUGGCGGCUUGUUGUUCAACUUUUCAAACUCAGGUGAUUUGUGAGGCACAAAAAGAAAUGGCAGGUCAGUGUUCAGGAACUAAUCUAUGUUACAUGAAUGAUGUGUGAACAUGCAUGUGUACGUAAGCCUAAAAAUUCUUGAAUGAGUAUAUAGUGAAUUGCCGGAAUUAUCUGAAGAAGUACCUUUGAAAAACAGCUUGCAUCAGUUUACAGAACUGGUCGAGCUAAAACCUCCCAUGUCUUCCGCCACUGUGAUUUUUCUGAUCGUAGGUCACUCUCGCAUUUUGCACAAGGAUUUUGAUAGCUAGUUGUCAAACCUGUCAAUUUUAUCACGCCGCAUCAAUCAGAAGUGCCAUUCGUGGGCAAACAGAUUUUUCAAAAGCUUGGAUUCGCUUGCGAGCCUUCCUUCCUCUCCCGACCCCAACCCCAUCCUGCGACUCUUUUACUCUCGUUCCGCGCAUUUCGCGCGGUUAUGAUAUUAAAAAGUUCAUCUCUCCUACUGGAACGCUUGUUACGGAGGCAAUGCAUUAGGGUAACAAAAUAACUGAGGUAGAGUAAUAACUGAAGGUAAAUCAUAAAGUCACUUAUAUGAAAGGGAAAAAGAAGGCGGGGGGGGGGGAGGAUUUAGGAGAGGAUAACAUUGUUUCAAAGGGGGAAAGGAAGGGCGGGGGGUUCAGUCAUCAUCGACAGAGUAUAAAGUGGGACUGUUGAGAAUUGACUGCCAACACUAAUUUACUGCCAGCGAGGGGGGGGGGAGGGAAAUCAUAAGAAUAUUACAGGGCCUUAUGAGGGGAUCUGGUAAAUUUUAUCGUGAUAAGACCGACAUCCUCCGACCCCCACCCCCAUCCCCUCAGAUGAUAACUAAUGACUGGUCCCUUAGGUACAUAUGAAUAUAUUUUUCUUUUCCCAGAUCGCCUUCGUAGUCUUCUGCCCGAAACACCAGAGGUAUCUCUUGAGCCCGGCACCCCAGCGUGAGUAUUGUGUCCCUUAACCCGUUAACCCUUUACACCCUAACAUCCACAUGCAUAUUCUCCAUACUGUUCUUUAUACAUAUCCUAUGCUGCUGACAAGGAGAAUUUGUUUAACAAUCAAGAGCUUCUUUAGUUGGUGAUCAUUUCCUUUAUUCUCAUGACCUCAAUGUUUGUUUUAGGGGUGAUGCUGGGAGGAGAAAAUAGUUACUAAUCACUCUCAGGAGUUAAAGGGUUAAACCCUUACAUCAGUAUGCAUAUUCUCUAUACUGUUCUCCACACAUUUCCUAAUGUGCUGACAAAGAGAAUUUGUUAAACAGUCAUGAGCUUCUUAAGUGGGCGUUCAUCUCCUUCAUUCUCGUAACCUGGACGUUUGAUUCUCCGGUGAUAUUGUAAGGAGAAAUUAGAUGCUGAUCAAGGGUUAAGAUCUACUGACAUCAAGACUAUUGGCUUUAGGAAACCAGGAAGCAGACACCCAAGAGGGGAAACGAUUAAAUAUCCGUUUUUGUUGUUACUAAUUUCUUUAUCUUGUUUGUUUGUUGUAGUCUUGAUUUCCAAGCGAACUUCGAACUGGAUGUGCCCCGUCUGUGCACUGAUUUUCGUGAAGAUAUCGAGUUUCGCUCCUCUCUUGGCUGGCAAGCGAUUUCGAGGAAGUUCUUGGCGCCUCGUAAUGCAAGACUAGCCAUCGCUUUGGGAGCGAAUGUAAGAACACUUCUUUAGUACUGGGACAACAAACGAUGAAAAAAAAAUUACCCUAGUCAGAGAAGAGUUAAGGUCGAAGGAGCACAUGAAGAGUAUUAAAUUGUUUACUGUAAUUCUAUUUCAAACGAGGAAAUGGCUGAAAGAUAUUUCUGAGUUGUUGUUUUGAUCGACAAUUAACUCCUCUGCUCCAUCACUCUAGCCUUCCAUAUUUGAUAGAUGUUGAGGGCUCGACCGCCUAAAACACAGUAUGGAUGAACUGUACUCCGGAAUGAUUAAAACCCGCACUUCAUUUUAUUUUAAGUUAGGAAAAAGAAAAAAAUAGGCGGUAGUUCUGUAGCUGAUUACCAUAAAAUAAGUUAUAACGUUCCCAACGAAGCUAAGAAAACACGUGCUUUUGAAGAAUAUGAGAAAAAAAGAAAUAGAAGGAAAAAUUGCUUUCAAUUGGAAUCGAUCUUCAGUCUUUUCCCUUGUGAGGUGAAGUGCAAUCCAUUGCGCCUCAAUUGUACCGAGGUUGGAUGGAUAUGUCGCCCCUCGAUAACCUAUUUUCGAACUGUAGUGGCUCAUGACAACUUCGAUUUUAUCUAAGAUUCAGCGAAAGGUGCAGAGCUUGGUACCUACCGGACCAGCUGUGGUACCAGGGUUAGCUUCACCAACGAUUUCCACUGGUACACUGGCAGUCAUAGUGGGAGGACUGGUAAGGUUUAAGAUAUUUUAUUGAGUUAGAGAACCUCAACCAUAAAACAUAGCGGUCAAACGUCGGGCAUGCGCGAGGGGAUCAAUUCUUGCCGGCCGUGCUUCAAUUUCCCGCAUAAAAUUUCAAAUGAAAACAUAAGAAACAACCGUUGUCUUGCAAAGUAAGCGAAAGAGAAUCGAAACGAUUAUAGAAAUCUGCUAAAGGAAACAAAAGCAGGGAAAAGGAAAGAGCGAGACAUUUCUAACACUAAGCUUUUUCAAGUACUGGUAUCCUGUUGAUUUACCGAACUUUUUUGAGCUUUACCAUAAGAAAAUGCUUUUGAAACAUAACUUACCGGAUUGUGUGGUUGUUGGUAACUCGUGUGAGACGACUUGUAUUUGACAGCCUCAGAGCGCUUCACCUAGUCAUGACAACCCUCGCAACAUUACAGAUUUAUGUAUGCCUAUGCGAAGCGUCCAUUUCAAUUCGUGUUUCUCCAACUGCAGAUUUGGAAGACUGUAGGAUGGUGGUUCAUGGCUUUGUGUGUGGGGUUAUACAGUGGAGUACAUGUAAUUGAGCGGGUAUGUUGGACCAAUGGUGCUAAAGAGAAAGCUUUCAAACGACAGUUUGUGGAUUACGCUUCUGAAAAGCUUCAGGCAGAAGUCAGUGUCAUUAGCGCCAAGUGCAGUGGACAAGUGCAACAGUAAGUUUGGCUGCCAUGUGAUUUUUGAAGCGUCUUUGAUGCGAUUGUUGGUUGAUUUUCUUUUACCUACAAAGCCUUGUGAGUAAAAUUAGACGAAGUGUCAUUCUUUUGACCAAUUAAGGCGCACAUUGUUCAAGAGUCGCAAAUUUUCCCGCGGUUUACACUCGCUGUCUUGCCAAUCAGACCAGGUGUCAUACUUUUGACCAGUCAGGUUACAGAGAAUUAAACUGACGCAAAUUUUCCCGCGCUUUACGCUCGGUGCCAAACAUAAAUUUGUUCCUCUAUUGAUUGUUGCCGCGUAACAGCACCAUUUUGAGCCAAAACUUAAGCCAUUUAUCCCAUUGAUGCCUUUCAGCUCAAGUGACUGUCGUGUUUGCGAAAAUGCUGUCAUCGUCUUGUUCAAACUCAAGCUCUCUAGCACAUAGCAGAGGGUAAAUUCACUUGACCUGAAACUUAAUGUUGAAACGGUGCCAUAUGCUAAAAGUAUGGAAGUGUUGAUUGGAUGGUACGAGAGCAGAAACCUAACGAUUCCAGAAUAGUCCAUGGCUCUUUGAUUUUGCACCCAGUGGGCAUGCUAUUCUGAGCAUGCAAAGUCUUAGUGUCUUCACCUCUGUCAUGCUAUUAUUUCUAUGCCAAGAAAACACUGCUAUUUGUUGUUAAAAGUGUUGAUUCAAUGGAAUGUUCAGCCUGAAAACUGAUUGAUUCUGCAGAGGAACUUUUAUACCUCGGCUGCCUUUGGUUUAACUGAAUAUCACUUGCUGAAUAAUUCCUCAUACAUGUUUGUUAUUUUGAUCAUGUUAUGAGGAUUACUGCGUAUUAAUUCCACGUGUUUAUAAUAUGUGGUGUUAUCAGCGUAAACUAAAAAAUUAGACCGAUUCUCCACAAGUUCAUUCCGGUCUUAGCUGUUAUCUUGUUACAGUGCGUGUGUCGGUUCGUUCGCUUUUAAUCGCGCGGUAUUUCAACGGUUUGGCGAUAAGAUACAUAAAAAUGCAAUAACAACUCCCCGGUUACUAUAGAUAAAGAAACAUUUUAUUUUAUUUUAUUUUAUUUCAGAGAACUGACCUCAACCAUCGCGAAGCGUGGGUCUCAGGUUCAGAGAGAAAUGAAAAAUUUGAAAGGAAGCAUCCUCGAACUGUAUAAAGAAAUAGAAAGGCUCAAGAAAAUGGAAAAUGAUGCGGAAAUAUUAAGGUAAUUCUUUCCUACGUAUUGGCAAUUAAUUGAUGACAACAGCUGAAGCAGAAACUGAGGUUUACGGAGGGAAGGGGAAGAAAUUAGCAGCGAAAUGGGGGUGGGGUGGGGGAAAAUGAUUUUCUUCUGAACUCAAAUGUAUCAUAACCUCCCUCUUCGCACUGGGUUGGUAUUCUCUUUUGCUGAAGGGAACGGUGUGACAUGGAUAAGGGAUUACUCACGGCUUCUUAAACUAGCAUUCUCAAGAAAGGAUUUUGUGAAAAUGAUAGGAAGGGGGGGGGGAGUGAGAAUUACCCCUUGCUCCUUCAUAGACCACCAUUUCAUCUUAGGAAAUAUUUUUUUGUCAAGGGGAAGGGGAUAGAGGGGAUUUGAGAUUACCCUCAACUCUCCCUUCACAGACAACUUCGUCAUCCUAAGAAAUAGGAGCAUCGUUUGUAAUUAUAUAAACAUUAGCAUCAUCAGGGAGUGUGCAGCAUCAGAAGUUCUAAGUGAGCUCGCUUUCUGUCCUUAGGAACGAAGCAAGUCGGUUGGAAAGCGAACUGUCCCAAUUCAUCACCGAAUUUGGUUUGGAAAAGAGCAAGAUGUGAAAGGAUGGCUUCUUGAAGUCCUAAAACUUCCGAAAAUAUAGUCUGUAGCUUGUGUAACUAGAAAGUUUUGGUUGGUCAAUGAAGAUUUAUGCGGCCGAGCGGUAGUUUGUUCCUUCACAUUCCCGUCGUGACUGGCACGGUUCUGUCAACCAAAACUGCCGCAAAACUGUUAGUUACGCAGGCUUUAUCAUCCCUAUCUCCUUUUUU